AUGCAGACGCAUUCCUAUGAAUAUGGAGCCUCUCAGACGGUAACGAGCCGACUUCGUCAAGGGCCCACUCCGGAACCCACAAAUCAAUCAUCGCCUGAAGAACCCUUUAAGCCCGGGGCGGACGUCCAACUCUAUAGCCCGUCAACCCUCCAACUCCAUAGCCCACCAACCCUCCAAGUCUAUAGCCCGCCGACUCUCCAAUACCCUAGGCCGCAAAAUCCACCCUCAGAACCCACAAAUCAAUCAUCGCCUGAAGAACCCUUUAAGCCUGGGGCGGACGUCCAACUCUAUAGCCCGCCAACCCUCCAAGUCUAUAGCCCGCCGACUCUCCAAUACCCUAGGCCGCAAAACUCACCUUCAGAACCCAGUGUGCGUCCGUAUUCGGUGAAUGAUGGUGGUGUGAACUCAAAGGCCAAGGGAUUUGCUGCCACUCACAACCGACCUGGUCAGUAUUGCAGGUCUCCAAGCGACCCACAUCCUUCUUCAGGUUCAGGUGCAUCAGUGCUACCUACUCGGCCUACCAUGAGUUCGGGUGAUUCAUACAACUUUCCCAAUUCAUACCUGACUGAUACAGACCAAAACCAACCCGACAAAGCCUCAGUGCGGCCUAAAUAUCCAGGUGCUCAGCCAUUAUCACGAGGCCAGUACCCCAAAGUUGAGUGGAAGGACCCUGAACCGCAUUUCCUCGCAUUUGACCGACAUCAAAGCACGAAUGCUCCAGCCAACACAGGCUCUUCUGAAGCCACAUACGCAUUGGCCUCGGACCCAGGAGGCUACAUUCUAGGAUCGCCAGCCCUUACUCGAGAAAUCAAAUCACAACCUCCGUCUUCGAGAGAUAAGUUCCGAGACAUCAGUGGGUUGACAGGGCAUCCUGCGCCCAAGGUUGACUCUUCUACUCCGCGAUCCAGCUCCGCGCCCACUCUGGACACUUUUCAGUCUUUUCGCGUGUACAAGCCCCCACAUGCCAGCAACGUGGCCAAUGACUCAGCAAUAUGCACAGCACUACUCGACUCUUGUUCCUUUGGUCCAGACGGUAACACUGUAGCAACAUAUUUUCUCCGCGAUGAGUUCGGUCUUGAGAUGCAGGAAGGGGAGGAGAUAACGCUUCGCAUAGUUGCAUCGGAAGAAGGGCCCGUUCAGAAAGGUUUCGAGUACAGCGAAAGAUUCACAGUCAAAUCUCGCCGCCACAUCCCGUUACUGCUUGGCCGGGCUUGGAUCAAAGGACGAUGGGAUGAUGGUACUUUCUUCACGCUCAAAACAGACUCAAAGAAGAAGUGUAAGUGA